UCAGUUUUAUUUAAGCAAUUUUAAGGACGGAUUAUAAAUCUUUUGGAUAAUGGCGACUUGGCAGUUUGGACUUCUACUAGCAUUAUUCAUAGUAAAUAAUUUAAUUCCUGAAAAUCAAGGAAUAGAAAUUAAUCCUAUGAUCAUAAAACAAGUGAAAAAACUGCGAUUGCGAUGCUUAAACCAAACAGGAGCUUCCUUAGAAAUUAUGGAACAGUCGAUAAAGAAAAGAGUAUUACCCGCUGAUCCAAAUGUCAACUGUUUUCUACACUGCAUGUUUGAUAUGUUCGGAUUGAUUGACUCCCAGAACGUUAUGCAUUUGGAGGCACUUCUAGAAGUUGUGCCAGAAGAAAUACACAAUACCAUUAAUGGAUUAGUCAGCUCAUGUGGAACUAAGAAAGGAAAAGAUGGCUGUGAAACCGCCUAUGAAACUGUCAAGUGCUACAUCGAUGUAAAUGGUCGGUUUAUAUGGGAGGAGAUUAUAGUGCUACUUGGAUAGAGUUUACCCACCUGAAUACAUCCCGAUCCACGAUCCCCAAAAGCAGGAGGCAGCGCAGGAUGCGUAAAGACUCGAUCUGAACGCGCACCAUGUGAACCUGCCAAGAAUAUUUCCAUAAAUAAAAAAAAAACUUUCAUUAACAAA